UCGCCGCCAUUUUCCCAGAGAGAGAGGCAGUGACACUGAGCGGGCGCAGGGGGCCGAGUCGGAGACCGUGCCUGAGUUCGGGAGCGGCAACAGAGGGGGCAUAGACACUCUGAACAGCCUCGCCGUCGCCUCUACGUUCCUGCUGACUAUCUCGGUGCCCCCUCCCCUACUCCUCGGUUGCUGGCGAAGAGGCUGCGCGCUGCUGUUUGGGGAGGGGUUGUGUGGAGCCGGGUCCGGUGUCCGCAGUGGCUGCUGUCGAGGGGUCGUCUGAUCGUAGAGGUGUGGAGAGACUCCUUGGGGGUCGAGCAAAUAACGGGGUUCGGGUGUCUGGUGUGUGAACAUCACAGGUCUAUUCUGGAUAGCAGGUUUUGUGAAGACAUUUAUUCUUUCUUGGACCUCAGAUUUACCAGACAUCUCAUGGGUUUGUGGAUGCACUUAGAUGUUUGCAAUGAGCACUGUGGCUGGCAUGCCCCAGUGUUUUGGAUACCAAUGCAUAGGACUCCAUAGUAAUCGAAUUUAUCAGAGGCGAACGUCAUGAGCAUAGUGAUCCCAUUGGGGGUUGAUACAGCAGAAACGUCAUACUUGGAAAUGGCUGCAGGCUCAGAACCAGAAUCCGUAGAAGCUAGCCCUGUGGUAGUUGAGAAAUCCAACAGUUAUCCCCACCAGUUAUAUACCAGCAGCUCGCAUCAUUCACACAGUUACAUUGGUUUGCCCUAUGCGGACCAUAAUUAUGGUGCUCGUCCUCCUCCAACACCUCCGGCCUCCCCUCCUCCAUCAGUUCUUAUUAGCAAAAAUGAAGUAGGCAUAUUUACCACUCCUAAUUUUGAUGAAACUUCCAGUGCUACUACAAUCAGCACCUCCGAGGAUGGAAGUUAUGGUACUGAUGUAACCAGGUGCAUAUGUGGUUUUACACAUGAUGAUGGAUACAUGAUCUGUUGUGACAAAUGCAGUGUUUGGCAACAUAUUGACUGCAUGGGGAUUGACAGGCAGCAUAUUCCUGAUACAUAUCUAUGUGAACGUUGUCAGCCUAGGAGUUUGGAUAAAGAGAGGGCGGUGCUACUACAACGUCGGAAAAGGGAAAAUAUGUCAGAUGGUGAUACCAGUGCAACUGAGAGUGGUGAUGAAGUUCCUGUGGAAUUAUAUACCGCAUUUCAGCAUACCCCAACAUCGAUUACUUUAACUGCUUCAAGAGUUUCCAAGGUUAAUGAUAAAAGAAGGAAAAAAAGUGGAGAGAAAGAGCAAAACAUUUCAAAAUGUAAAAAAGCCUUUCGUGAAGGAUCUAGGAAAUCAUCAAGAGUUAAGGGUUCAGCUCCAGAGAUUGAUCCUUCAUCUGAUGGUUCAAAUUUUGGAUGGGAGACAAAAAUCAAAGCAUGGAUGGAUCGAUAUGAAGAGGCAAAUAAUAACCAGUAUAGCGAGGGUGUUCAGAGGGAGGCACAAAGAAUAGCUCUGAGAUUAGGCAAUGGAAAUGACAAAAAAGAGAUAAAUAAAUCAGAUUCAAAUACCAACAGUUUGCUCUUCAAACCUCCUGUAGAGAGCCAUAUACAAAAAAAUAAGAAAAUUCUGAAAUCUGCAAAGGAUUUGCCUCCUGAUACACUUAUCAUUGAAUAUCGAGGGAAGUUUAUGCUAAGAGAACAAUUUGAAGCAAAUGGAUAUUUUUUUAAGAGACCAUACCCUUUUGUUUUAUUCUAUUCUAAAUUUCAUGGGCUAGAAAUGUGUGUUGACGCAAGGACUUUUGGGAAUGAGGCUCGAUUCAUCAGGCGUUCGUGUACCCCCAAUGCAGAGGUGAGGCAUGAAAUUGAAGAUGGAACCAUACAUCUUUACAUUUAUUCUAUACAAAGUAUUCCAAAAGGAACUGAAAUUACUAUUGCCUUUGAUUUUGACUAUGGGAAUUGUAAGUACAAGGUGGACUGCGCAUGCCUCAAAGAAAAUCCAGAGUGCCCUGUUCUGAAACGUAGUUCUGAGUCCACGGAAAACAUCAACAGUGGUUAUGAGACCAGAAGGAAAAAAGGGAAAAAAGAAAAGGAUAUUUCAAAAGAAAAAGAUACACAAAAUCAGAAUAUUACUUUGGAUUGUGAAGGAACAACCAACAAAAUGAAAAGCCCAGAAACUAAACAGAGAAAGCUUUCUCCACUGAGACUAUCAGUAUCAAAUAAUCAGGAACCAGAUUUUAUUGAUGAUAUAGAAGAAAAAACUCCCAUUAGCAAUGAAGUAGAAAUGGAAUCCGAGGAGCAGAUUGCAGAAAGGAAAAGGAAGAUGACAAGAGAAGAAAGGAAAAUGGAAGCAAUUCUGCAAGCUUUUGCCAGACUUGAAAAAAGAGAAAAAAGAAGAGAACAAGCUUUGGAAAGAAUCAGCACAGCCAAAACUGAAGUUAAAACUGAAUGUAAAGAUGCACAGAUUGUCAAUGAUGAAGUUAUUCAGGAACAAGCAAAAGAAGAAACUAGCAAACCAACCCCUGCCAAAGUGAACAGAACCAAACAGAGGAAAAGUUUUUCUCGCAGUAGGACUCACAUUGGACAGCAGCGUCGGAGACACAGAACUGUCAGCAUGUGCUCAGACAUCCAGCCAUCUUCUCCCGAUAUAGAAGUUACAUCACAGCAAAAUGAUAUUGAAAAUACUGUACUUACAUUAGAGCCAGAAACUGAAACUACACUAACAGAAAUAAUUACUGAGACUGAAGUUCCAGCACUUAAUAAAUGUCCUACAAAGUACCCCAAAACAAAGAAGCACUUGGUCAAUGAAUGGUUAAGUGAGAAGAAUGAGAAGACAGGAAAACCUUCAGAUAACCUUUCAGAAAGACCUCUGCGCAUAACCACAGAUCCUGAAGUGUUAGCUACACAGCUUAAUUCUUUACCAGGCCUCACUUAUAGCCCCCACGUAUACUCUACUCCUAAGCACUAUGUUAGAUUUACUUCACCAUUCCUUUCAGAAAAAAGGAGAAGGAAAGAACCUACUGAAAACAUCUCUGGCUCAUGCAAGAAGCGAUGGCUGAAACAGGCUCUAGAAGAAGAAAACUCAGCUGUUUUACAUAGAUUUAAUUCACCCUGUCAAGAAAGAUCCAGAAGUCCUACAGUCAAUGGUGAAAGUAAAAGUCCACUACUAUUAAAUGAAAGCUGUUCCCUUCCAGAUUUAACUACACCACUAAAAAAACGAAGACUUUAUCAGUUGCUAGAUUCUGCUUACUCAGAAACCUCCACACCUACUCCUUCACCAUAUGCUACACCAACUCACACAGAUAUUACUCCGAUGGACCCAUCAUUUGCCACUCCUCCACGAAUAAAAUCAGAUGACGAAGCUUGUAGAAAUGGUUAUAAGCCCAUAUAUUCACCAGUUACCCCAGUAACUCCUGGCACACCAGGAAAUACCAUGCACUUUGAGAAUAUUUCUUCCCCAGAAAGUUCUCCAGAAAUUAAGAGACGCACUUAUAGUCAAGAGGGAUAUGACAGAUCUUCAACUAUGUUAACAUUGGGGCCUUUUAGAAAUUCUAGUUUAACUGAACUGGGUCUACAAGAAAUAAAGACUAUUGGUUAUACCAGCCCUAGGAGUAGGCCUGAAGUCAACAGGCAGUGCCCUGGAGAAAAGGAAUCUGUGUCAGACCUUCAACUGGGACUUGAUGCAAUCGAGCAAACUGCCUUACAUAAAACCAUGGAAACACCUACACAUGACAGGACUGAUUCUAACAGCCAACUGGAAUCUACUCACUCUGGACGGGGUACAAUAUAUUCUUCCUGGGUAAAGAGUCCUGACAGAACAGGCGUUAACUUCUCAGUAAACUCCAACUUGAGGGACCUGACUCCCUCACAUCAGUUGGAGGUUGGAGGCGGCUUCCGAAUAAGUGAGUCCAAGUGCCUGAUGCAGGAUGAUACCAGAGGCAUGUUUCUGGAAACACCUGUGUUCUGUACGUCGGAAGAUGGGCUGGUAUCUGGUUUCGGACGGACUGUUAAUGACACUUUGAUCGACGGAACUUGCACACCCCAGAACCCACCACAAAAGAAAAAGGUUUCUCUGUUAGAAUACCGUAAAAGACAACGUGAAGCUAGGAAAAGUGGCUCUAAGGCGGAACACUUUCCCCUGGUUACUGUGUCCCCUCAUGCAAGUGGGAACCUGAGCAGCAGCCAUGGUGAUGCGUGUGCCAGCAGGAGUGACAGUGGGGAGCAGGCAGAGGGCACUGGCAGCCCGGCUUUACCAGCACUGGCCACAGCGCAGAGGGCUGCUGCAGAUGAGAGCAGCAGCAGCAGCCCCGGCAAGGACACAUCCGCCAGCGAGAAGAACGAGCCCGUGCAGUGGACCGCCUCAACGUCAGUGGAGCAAGUGAGAGAAAGGAGUUACCAGAGAGCUUUACUUCUCAGUGAUCACCGAAAAGAUAAAGACAGUGGGGGAGAAUCACCCUGUGUCCCAUGUUCACCGAGUCAUGUUCCGUCUUCACCUUCAUCUCAUUCAAAUCACAUUCCCCAGUUGCAACCCAAGGUCCCAGUCCCUUCUUUCAGUGAACUUAUGGAAGAUCCUGAUCCUGAAAAUCCAGAACCCAUGACUACCAAUGAAUGUCCAUCUCCAGAUACUUCUCAAAAUACUUGUAAAAGCCCUUCAAAAAUGAGCAAGCCUGGUUCACCAGGACCUGUAAUUCCUGCCCAGCCGCAUGGGAAAAUACUCACAAAACCAGAUUCCCAGUGGGAGGCGGCAGCUCCUGUGUCAGAAGCUGAGAACGGUGUUCACCUGAAAGCAGAACUCCAAGCACCGCAGCUCCUGAGUGCCCCCCACGCCCUUUCCAAGGCUCCCCCUCAGCAGCUGUCACAGAAGCUGCCCUCGGCGCCCCUCAAGUUGCACUGCCCGCCGUCCCCGCACACAGAGAACCCUCCAAAGCCCUCGACGCCCCACACGCCUGCCCAGCACGGUUACCUCUCACCAAAGCCUCCUGCCCAGCAGCUGGGGUCUCCCUACAGGCCGCACCAUUGCCAGUCACCUCAAGUUGGGACAGCUCAGCGAGAGCCGCAGAGAAACUUCUAUCCAGCAGCACAGAACCUUCAAGCCGGCGCGCAGCAGGCGAGCCCGGCGGCGUUAUUCACACAGACCCCCUCAGGACAGUCGUCAGCAACUUACAGUCAGUUUACCCCCCCGAGUCUGUCGGCCGCCCCGCCCCCGCCGCCCCCGCCGCCCCCCUCCUCGUCCUACUACCCGAGCCAGCCGCCCUCUGCCAACUUCCAGGCCUACAGUCAGCUUAAAGGCGGCCUCGCCCAACAGGCUGUGUUUACAUCAGGACCAAACCAAGCACUUCCAGGCACCGCCGGCCAGCAAGCCGUCCCGGGUCACCACGUGGCGCCGGGCCAUUUCCUGCCCCCCCAGACCCCCCCGGUGCACCACCAGACGGCUGCCGCUGUGGCCCCGCCGCCACCGCCGCCGCCGCCCGCUCCAGGCCCGCACCUCGUGCAGCCGCCCGGCUCCCACCAGCAGCACUCGGCGGCGCAGGCGCACGUCGUGGGGCCGGUGCACGCCGUCACCCCCGGGGCGCACAUGCACUCCCCCGCUGCUGGCCACCACCUGCCCCCGCCGCCCCCGCCGCCCGCGCCCGCGCCGCUCCACCACCCGCCGCCGCACCCCUCGCCCGGCCUCCCGGGCCUCCCCGCACAGCACCAGCACGUGGUGAGCCCGGCCCCGCCCCCGCCCCCUCCGCCGCCGCCUGCGGGCGUGCUGGCGGCCGGGCACCACCCCCCCCAUCAAGGACCUCCCCUCUUCCCUGCCAGUGCUCAUCCCGCCGUGCCCCCGUACCCCGCACAAGCCGCGCACCACACCACUCUGGGACCCGGAGCCCAGCACCAGCCGUCGGGAACGGGGCCACACUGUCCACUACCGGUCGCAGGUCCUCACCUCCAGCCCCAAGGACCAAACAGUAUUCCAACACCGACUGCUUCAGGGUUCUGUCCCCACCCGGGCUCUGUGGCCCUGCCACACGGGGUUCAGGGACCUCAGCAGGCAUCGCCAGUACCUGGACAGAUACCAAUUCACAGAGCACAGGUGCCACCAACAUUUCAGAACAAUUACCAUGGUUCGGGGUGGCAUUAAAAUGGACUCCAAAAACAUUUUUUAAAAUGUUCUGUAAGAUAAACUGUAUAUUUCAUAUGUACCUGUAAGGUACUUUUUAAAGCUUGUACAUGAAACUUUGUAUAAAAAAAAAAAAAAAA